AUGAACUCUCCGUCCGUAACAGGAAAUCAAGCAUCAGAGGGUCGUCCCGAAGAGGUUUUGGGAAAACCAUCUGAGACGCUGUACAUUCGAAAUAUAGAAGAAAAAAUUCGGGUUAGCAUGCUGAAGCAAAUUUUGGAACACUUGUUUGGAGCGUAUGGCAAGGUACUCAGUGUUCAAGCCAGAAAGACGCUGCGCAUGCGUGGGCAAGCAUUUGUUGUCUUUGAAAACACCCAAGAUGCUAACCGUGCUCUCCAAGAUUUACAGGGGUAUCCUUUGUAUGGAAAACCUAUGAUGAUUCAAUUCAGUCGAACCAAAAGCGAUGCCAUCGUCCAGCUUCAGGACCCACAGCAGUUGGAAUUGCAUAAAACUCAACGUCACGAGCGAAGAGAACACUUAAAACGUACAGGUGCCCUACAACCACCUGCACCCAAAGCCGCUCACAAGAAACAGCCCGUGAAGCGUGCCGCUCCAGGAGAACGGAAAUUCAAUAUUAACGAAGAUCUGCUUCCUCCCAACAAAGUUCUUUUACUUCAAAACCUUCCUCAAGAAGUUACGGCUGAGAUACUUACACAAAUCUUUGAAGCAUACCAAGGCUUUCAAGAGGUUCGUAUGGUCCCGGGACGCAGGGGAAUUGCCUUUGUGGAAUACGACACGGAGAGAGAGGCCGGUGUUGCGAAAAACGGUACAGCGGGUAUGGCCCUCAGUGGCAGUCAGGUUAAGGUAACCUUUGCCAGAAAAGCCUCUUAG